CCCGUCACCAAAAGGCCGCGUUUCGGGGGGUCCUGAACUGCACCUUCCCAACUCCAUCCCUCCAUCCCCCCGCCGUGCUUCUCAGGGUUCUCUGUCCCCGUCUCCAUGCUUCUCUCCGCUGUAUUCACAAAGUGCUGUUCCCCCUUCUCUCUUACUACCAGAUCCCCGUGACCUCCCCGGUUAAGUGCCGUCACAAGGCUCCCCAGGGAAAUGGAAUUGCCGAAUUCCUAAAGUGUGUUUUCCUCCUUCGUGAACUUGACACCUUCCCCCUCCCUACGCAGUUGAUCUAAACUUCUCCAGUCCUUUCUAUUUGCCUUGCUGCUGUCAGUUUUCAAUCCUGACCUUCCUCUGGCUCCUAUAGCCCCUGGAAUGAGAAGUCGCCUGCCUCCUGACCCUGCUCCUAGACAGCGCUGGAGAGCCACGUUGUCUUCUGACACAAGAAUUUGUUCUGCCCAAAACUUCACGUACACCGAUUUACUCUUCCCCUUGUAUCCUCUUCAGUCUCAGGUUGCCCCUUGGAUAUUACAAAACGUCCUUUCCUUCUGCAGUGUGUCAAUCAAAUAUUAUCUGGUGCAUUGCUCCCGUUCACCUCUUACUCCUUUUGUUGCUGGUUACCUCCAUAGAACAAAGGUGUGCUGGCAAUUUUAAAGCCCACCAGCUUGCCCAGCUGCAAUUCAAUCUCAGCUUUCUUCCGCUUCUUCCUCAGCUACUUUUGUCUUCUGCCAUCCUUAUCCACCACUUCAUUUAUCUCUUUCAGUAUAGUCCCCUGGCAUAAACAUGCAUUUUUCCACCUUUUAAGUUCUGCUUCCUUUAUUUCUGAUGUCUUUAAACUCUCAUGACUUUGCUUGUAGAGUCCUGAGCCAUUUCUGCUCCUUGUCUCUUUGUGUUUGGACUACUGCAGUUUGCAGAAAUUGCUGUUUUAGGUUGUACUUGCAAGUCAUUUAAUUCAAGGUCUCUUUUGAUCUUAAGUGAUACUGUAUAUUUUGAUACUUUACAUUUCUCACAGUGAAUAAUUUAAAAAAUAAUUUGUUUGAGAACUAUUUUCCUGCUCCUCAGUGAUUGGACCACACUCUACAUCAAAGGAUGCCCAAAGCUUCUGUCAAUGAGUGCAUUCUUAUUCUAAGAUAUUCUUACUUAUUCAAGUGGCUUGACCUUACUGAUAAUCUCUGGCAGUAUUGUGGGAAAUAGUAUUAGAUGAUAAAUUUUUAUUUGUACCUUGUAAGUUUUGUUGCUUCAUUUCUGCUAUUUACUUAUUUUUAUGCUGUUAGGAAAAGAUUGCAUGGAAUCCUUGCUCUCCCAUCUGCAGUUUGUGCCAGUUUGAUUGCAGAGUUCCAGUCUUGUGAUACUAUUUGGAUUGGGGAAGACUUUGUUUCAACUUCGUGAUGUCUUCCCCUGAAAUCGCUUCCCUUUCUUGGGGUCAGAUGAAGGUGAAAGGCUGCUCUACAACAUAUAAGGACUGCAAAGUAUGGCCGGGAGGAAGUCGGACGUGGGAUUGGCGAGAAACCGGGACUAAUCAUUCUCCAGGAGUGCAGCCAGCUGACCUUGAAGAAGUCGUCAAGAAGGGUGUUAAAACUAUGGUGAUUGGUCGUGGCAUGAGUGAGGCUUUGCAGGUUCCAGCAUCCACCGUGGACUAUCUGAAGAAGAACGGGAUUGACGUGCUGGUGCUGCAAACAGAGAAGGCUGUGGCGGAGUACAAUGCCCUGGCCGCUCAGGGUGUCAAAGUGGGCGGGGUCUUCCAUUCCACCUGCUGAAGCGCAGCUCAUUCCGCCUUCCCGGCCCGCAGCCAAAUCACAGACACACCUCUGCUGAAUCAAAUUGCAAUCAGCAGAGGGUGAGCUUAAGUGCCAAGGCAUUUGUGCACUGACAAUCUAAAAUGCAAAGACAGUUUAUUAGUUCAGGAUUUAAACAAAAGGCGGGGCUGUUAAUGUAAUUAAAUUGUUCAAUUACAGAAUCAUUUCCAUCUAUUGUUGAUAUUGACCUAAUUUUCCUCUGAAGGCUGUCCAUAGUCUUGUUACUUAAUUUUUCACCUGUUGACUAUAUCAGGAGAUUAUGUUUUAAAUACUUUUAUUAGAAAAUGGCCCAAAAUUACAUUACUGGCUACUGGAAUGCAGCCAUAAAAUAGCUGAUGAGCACAAACAAAUGGUAGAUAUGAAGUAGAUAUAAAGAAGCACUUUACCACCACUGGAUAAAUAAGUUAAAAAUAAAAUAAAUUAAAAAGCAAGCCCAGAACAUACAACUUUAUCUCCUUCAGGUGACCUCAGUCAGGGUAUUUUCCAAUUUAUGAAUAUCACAUAAUAGAGCACUUUUAAAUUUUUCGUUGAGCCUGAAGAAGGGGAAAAUGUCAUCAGGGUAUAAGCAUAAAACCUGUGCCUUGAAGAAUUUUAUUAUUAAUUGCUAGUUGUGAGGAUUUAGUUGUCUAAUACAUAUCUAUUCAGAAGUUCUUACAUGCUUAAAAUCAUCAGAAAGGUGUGUUACAAAACUAGAGUUUGCAGCAUAAAAAAUUGAUCUUUAAAUCAGUCUGAAUUGCUGCUGGCAAGCUGGGGAUGCAUGUGAGAAUUGUUACUGGUCAUCAUUACCUGAUGAUUUAAAUGUUGUGUAUUAUUACACUGCAGAUUUAAACUGUUCUCUUGGUUGCUGUUCUUGGUGGGCUUCUAUCAGUGUUGCCAGUUACAAGUUAACUACUGUAGAAAUUUUGUCCCACCAUGCUCACGGUUUCUUGUUCUGUCCAUAUUAAUGCUGUGUGUAUUAAUAAAAGUACUAAGAUGAAGCUUUAAAAGCCCUGAGGCACUUGGAGCUAUCCAAGCAGUAGUAGAGAGGCUUAGAUUGAUAGAAGAGCACAAUAACUUUUCCAAGACACACAAAACACUAUGUUCUUUUUCUGUUAUUUGCUCUAGUAAUCAUUUAAAACUUUUUAUCUGAUGAAGUAUAAAGUGGUGCAAAGGCAAA